CUACGAAAGGAAAAAAACCAUCUCCUGGAUUGCAAAUUACUUCAAAAGGCACUAAGCAAAAUUCUAUUAGCUGAGUAAAUCUAUGUCAUGGCAAAUAUUGCUGUGCAACGUAUAAAAAGGGAGCUGAAAGAAGUUCUGAAUAGCGAUGAGGUCGCACGGUGUUCCAUCCAUGUCGAACUUGUUGGAGAAAAUUUUUCUGAGCUCAAAGGAGAGAUAGCUGGUCCUCCUGAUACUCCAUAUGAAGGAGCUAGAUUUCAACUUGAAAUCAAGAUCCCUGAAACUUAUCCAUUUAACCCACCCAAAGUUCGCUUUGUCACAAAAAUUUGGCAUCCCAAUGUGUCUUCAGUAACUGGAGCUAUCUGCCUGGACAUUUUAAAACACCAAUGGGCUGCUGCCAUGACUCUACGAACAGUGCUGCUGUCACUGCAAGCCUUACUUGCCUCACCUGAACCUGAUGAUCCUCAAGAUGCUGUUGUAGCAAGACAGUGUAAAGAAAAACCUCAGAUCUUUCAACUCACCGCUCAGCAUUGGGCACAUGCUUAUGCAGGAGGUCCGUCGAUCAACACAGACUACGAGAACAAAAUUCGACGAUUAAAGGAUCUUGGUGUAACAGAAAUGAACGCACGAGCAUCACUUUCAUCUUGUGACUGGGACCUAGAGCGCGCAACUGAGCAGAUAUUUAGUUAGUGAUUUGUAUCUUUUUAAGCCUUUUUAUAUGUAAGCAAAAUUUAUUGCCUACAGUUUUGCAUCGAGUGAAUGGCUAAGGUGUUUGAGCAAUUUAUGAAAUUCUUUGCGUUCUUUCAUGGUCUUGAUCAGAGAAGAAAGGGAGAUGGGGUAAGUCCAUGCAAAAAAAAACGUGGGCAAUUUUUUGGCACUUUUUUGGCUGAUAUUAGCGCCUACGACUGGGAGAAACGUUUUUGUACAUUCCCCACCCAUUUUUAUAAUUUCAGAAACGUAAUUUGGGCGCCAUUUGUCAAUUUUUCAUGGUGCUUCUUCCAUCAAAGAUAGGGUUAAAAUUAGUUAAUGAAUAAAUCAUCAAUAACCAGAAUUAAACAAAUCAAAAACAUACAGUACGAUCUACGUACUGCUUCUCUCAGACGUUAGAUAACGCCGAUGUCCUUCAAAUUUUGCACCCCGUGGUCUUGCCCAUCUCCCCUUCAUCUG